AUUUUUUUUUGUGUACUCCCCUCUCUCUCUCUUUUUCGUAACAUUAAAAAAAAUGAUUGCUCCCAUUACUGGUAAAUUGCGCAAGCUCGCCAUCAAGGACAUUACUAUUGCCCUCACUCUCGGUGCCGCUGGUGGAGCUGCUUGGUGGAACCUCUACCAUCUUCCCAACGUCAAGCGUCGCGAUGCUUAUUAUGCUAAACUCGAAGCUUCCAAGUAAAAAAAAACCGUUCAACUUUAGAAUAAUAAUAUAUACAUAAAAAAAAAAAACAAAAAAAACAACAACAACAACAGCAACAGCACCACAACAGCAACAACACAACAACAACAACAAGGGUUUUAAGGAACCACACGGAUUUUUUUUUUUUUUA